AUGUCGAUAUUCUAUCAAGUUGCAGCGACGGGCGUUGUAAGUUAUCUCUGUUUAUCAAUGGGGAUAAUGUACACCUGGCCAUCUUCCACACUCGUUCUAUUCUCUUCUGCGAACACGACGCUCAACCGGCCCAUGACAGAGACGGAGAUAGCACUCCUAGGAAGCCUAUCAUCCAUCAGCGCGCUGGUCAGCACGCCGUUCUCCAGUUACAUCCUUGAUACGAUAGGCAGGAAAUAUUGCUGUCUAAUAUUUUCAUUGCUUCAAGUGGUAUCAUGGCUACUCGUUUCCUUUUUUUACACCGUCGAAGUGGUCCUAACAUCAGUGAUCAUAUCUGGGUUUUGUUGCUGUGCAACAUUGGCUGUACCUAUUUACGUCAAUGAGGUUUGCGAGGACUCGAUACGAGGCAGUAUGUGUUCCGGCGCUAUGGUCUUCUAUGGUUUAGGGAUGCUGGUAUCUUACCUAAUGGGAGGAUAUAUGAGUUAUGACGCUAUGAACUACGCUUGCUUGGCUAUAACUAUACUGGGAGUUGUACUGCUAUUAUUUUUAAAGGAUUCGCCUACUUAUUUAUUGAGUAAAGGACGUGAUAAGGAGGCAGCUCAAGCCAUUGCUUUCUAUAGAGGAACGAAGGUAACCUCCAAAACUGUUGAAGAGGAACUACAGGCGUUGAGAAUGACUUUAAACGCAGCGUUAGAUGAUGACGUUUCGACACCCGAGGAAGAAAAGUUAAACGCAGACCUCAAAGAAAGACCAAAGGAAUCAAUAUGGAGUUUUCUAAAGAAGUCUCGGUCAACUCGUCGUGCGUUAUUUGUACUGAUAGUCCUGUAUACGACAUCCAUCUUCCAAGGCUUGAUGGUAGUGCAAGUGUAUGCUGAACCAUUAUUCGCGGAGGCUAUACCGACCAUGUCACCAACAAUCUGCAGUGUUAUUUUUGCCGUUGUUAUGGUUGUCGCUGGAUUUUUUGCCGCGUAUCUUGUUGAAACGGCGGGAAGAAGGCCACUAAUGCUGUACGCGACAUUCGGCUCUGGUAUUUGUUGCAUUCUACUAGGCACUCAGAUCCACCUGCACUGGGGUCCGCAUUGGUUAACCGCGUGCAUCAUUUACGUGUAUGGAGUGGUGUAUUCCUGUGGAGCUGGGACUGUGCCGUUUGUGAUGGGCGCUGAGAUAUUCUUACCCGAGAUACGCAGUUUUGCAUCGAUGUUAUCAGUGGAGUGGUCUCUCUUAUGUGGAUUUGUGGUCCUCUUUUUAUUCAAUCCGUUAGUAACGGCGAUAGGAUUAGGUCCUAUUUUCUACAUAUUUUCUGUGGUCUGCUUUGUAUCUACGAUAUUCUGUUACUUCUGUCUACCGGAGACUAAAGGAUUGUCCGUCGAUGCGAUACAAUUGUUAUUUGCUAAACCACGUCGACGUAAUUUAACGGCCUAGUUUUUUUAAUAAAUUAUG